AUGAAAGUCAAGUGCGGCGUCGCGGGUAUCGCGGAAAGCCCGCUCAGUGUGUUUAUGGACGAGAACGUGUCGGUGGAGGAAUUACGGAGCGAGAUCCAUCGCAUCCAGUUUUACCAGUGUUGGAAGGUCGUUGGCGAGGAAGGCGGCGGCGAGCGAAGCGAACCCACGGCGGGUACUGCAACUCAGUUGAAGAUCUCGACACUGCGAAUCGUGUUCGACGCCACCGCGUCAGCGCCCAACAACCAGAUUCCUGCCUCCAGACUGCAGCUCUUCUUGGCGGAAAAGGAUGGUGGCAACUGGGUGACAACGAACGACGUGGAGGCCGGCUUGUGCAUCACGGAUCACAUGGAGAAACUGGGGGUUAUCGGCAGGAGACCGACUGUCUUCUGCAAUGUGGUUGGUAAGGCGGGCACGUUCCCUGUGAAAAUCGACCAGAACAUGUCGGUCGGCGAGCUUAAGGAAGUGAUCAGAGAGAAGCAGCAGUACCAGCUUCCUGCUUCCACGAUGGAGCUCUUCCAAGAGGAGAAGGAUAAUGGCAAAUGGGUGGCGGACAAGGUUGAGGGCGGCGUGGACGUCACCGAGUACAUGACGCAACUGGAUAAUGCGGAGGCACGGCUCAACUCUGUGGGUUUAUCGUCAGACACGGCAGGAUCUGGCAACGAUCGCGUGUGGUUACCUCUGUACACUGCAGUAGCGGAGCGUCUCAAAGACUUGGACGGAGUAAAGCAGCUGAUGACAACGAUCAAGAUGCUGCAGGCGGACGCAGAACUCGUCGGGCACUGGGAAGACACAAAUGGCAUUCAACCUCCAGGGGGGAAAGACCGACAACAGUCUGUGUACGGAUCCUUCGACCAACGGUCGGCGGCAUUCAGAGCGUACAUCGAUAAAGACAUGACGCAGAAAUUUAAGCUUUGUGAAGGCUCGGUUGGUGAUUUUGAAGAAUCGGAAAGGCUGUUCAUCUACGGAUUCAUCAUCGCAGCGCUGGGCGGGCUGGAGGAGUAUUCUGGUUUGGAAGCCUCACGGAGCGACGUGAAAACCGCGCUCAGCAACCGCCGUAAGAAGACAGACAAGACUUUCGUCUUCUUCCUUGACGAAUUUCCUCGUGUCGGCAAUCUGAAGGACGCUGAAAAGAAUGCGAGAUGGAAAAGAGCACGAAUGAUGAGGAAUGUGUUCCGUUCCUUUCGGAUUGUGGUGGUGGCCACCGCCACCAACGGCACAGCGCGCGAUCUCGCGACCACAAGGCGCGAUUCUAGGGUUGAUUCGUCGUCGAGGGGCGAGACUCCGUGGUGUGUGGUGGUUCCGUCAUUCCCCGCUUUUGCCACCAGUGCGAACGUGGACGCGCCGUGGCUGUGGAUUCUCAAGCACAGCAGGCCUCUCUUCUCGUAUCGAGCCCAGCUGUACAUGAAGGAUCACCCGUUUGAAUCGAGUGGGACAGAUCAACUUGAGUAUUUGACCGACAUGGCGAAGACGUUGGCGGGCCAGUUUCGUGCUUUGAAGCAGUUGUCAGCAACUGGUGAGUUUGAGUUGGGGCAGUUCUGCAUGCUCUUGUGUACUAGUUACAAAGAGGUAGACGGCCGUGUAAAUCUGAUCGUUGGCCACUACGGACGCUUUCGCGAGACGGCACCUUUCACGCUGUAUCUAAGUGGCGCGACAGAAGGGUUAUUCAAGCAGAUCGAGAAUGAAGAAGGAACACCUGCAGGCAAAAGGAUGGCAAAAUGGGAUGCUCGUUGCAAACUGCCGCUCCCUGAGGAAGAUAUUUUGCUGCACCUGGCACUGAUGGUCGACGAGUGCAUUCCUGCUGAAGGUGGAAAGGCAGCAAAGGUACUUCGCCCACUGCGAUUUCCAGUGCACGAAGAGUGGCAGCAGAUCAACAUGCCAUGCGACACAAGUAAUAUCCCGGCGAGGUCUCACAGUGGCAUAUCACUGGAAGCGUUGGUGGCAGCGGCAGUCGUCUUGGCAAGCCACCGAGGCGGCUUUUAUGGAGUGAAGUUCCCAGAAUUUUUGGGCAGGCUGCUCUUUGAGCUGGGCGUUGAAAAGAACCCCGAAUGCGUCAAAGAGCUUCCGAAUCAGCUGAAGCAUGAUACGAUUAUCCUAUUUUUGUCGAUCCCGAACACGGAGUGGCCGGGCGAGUUUCUGCAAGAGUGGCAGCGCAGAGGUGCCAUGUUUGCGAACGUGAAGCGUACCGCCGAUGCUGAAAGGAUCGAUUUCGAGGUUCUUUCAAACGAAGAAGACGACAAAAUCUCCCUCGCCGAUGAAUGUAAGACUCACGAGGUACUUUCGGGCAUGCAGAUUGCCGAAACGCAUCUCUCUGGUGGAAGCAAGAAGGCAAUCUGUGACGGGGCACACAGCACUUCUUAA